AUGGCUUCCCGUUUGCCUCUGCGCCGAGAUGAAUGGGCCAUCUCAAACAGUAUACCAUUAACUGUCGACAGAUAUCCAGCAACGGCAGAGAACUACAAGACAAGGCACAAAAGUUUAUCAGUUGAUCUCUCAUGGCUACUCGAUGGUCGGAGAGAUGCUGCCGAAUGUGAAGUCGCUGAGGAAGAGGAGAGCACGAGUUCCAUUUCAGAUACAAAGAGUGAUAUAUUGAGCUCAGGUGAUGCGACUUGCGAAUUCUCGGAUACCAUGAGCGAGACGCCUGAAAUGGAACCGAACGACACUUGCGAAAUUCCAGUGGACACCGAUAACACAGAUGUCGAUUUGGAGAUACCCAAGGCCAUCAAAGCAGCUUUAAUCCCCCCGGCCAUAAUCAAGACAUCACCAGAGCCAAUGUAUGGCAACGAAUACUUCGAAAUCGCCAAGUCUAGUGUUGCUGGAUGGGGAGCUUUCGCAACGCGGGAUCUGACAAAGGGAGGUGUCAUACUGAGAGAGAUCCCGUUAUUUGUGGCCGAAACAGACAAAGUCUUUCACGAAUUCUACAAACUUGACGAGAGUGCUAAGAAAGUCGCGCUGAGCCUCCAUUCGCAUCGUCUCAUAAAAGGGGGUACGCCUCAGAUCCUCGCAGUGUGGCAGACCAAUUGUUUUGCUGUUGCUCACCGUGUGUCCGGCUUGUUCCCCAUAGCUGCUCGCUUCAACCACGCGUGCGAUCCCAUCAAUAAUGUGGAAUACGAGUUUGACCAUGAUAACGGCGUUCUUACGAUGAUGGUGCGAGAAGAUGUUGCUGCUGGAACAGAGCUCAAGAUUUCAUAUGGGAAGAAUCUGAGCCCGCAGGACUUCAAUGGCUUCGUGCGAUCGUUGCGAGGCGAUAUGGGAAAUAAGUUCUAUAUCAUAUUGCGACCUGGAACUUAUUUAUCAGAUGUCGUUCAAGAAACGCAUGGUGGGGGGGAUAAAAUACAUCUACCAUGGGCAUAUGAUAUUGAAGACGUUCAACGGCUGGUCGAUUAUCUAUAUACUGGCGACUAUAAAACAACACCCUCUGACUCGUCUGAGAAGCAGGACAAGGCUUCUGAGCUGAUUGCUCAUGGUAACUUGCUGGGGCUGGCAGGCGAAUACAACAUUCAUGGGCUCAACUAUCUGGCACAGGAAAAAGUCAGGGCAGCCAUUCAAGAUGAGCCGGAGACAAGCGCCCUGAUCGAAUGCAUACCCAAGGUUUAUGAAUCGGUAAUGAACCCGGACAGCAUGAUUUUCAAUCUCAUGAUUGAGUCCAUAAGAGAGAGAAUUGGGCGGACUCCGCCUGACCGUAACACUCGCAGCAGUUUGGACUCUGCAAUGCAAGAGGUUCCGGACUUUGCGAGAGGCCUUGCCAUGUCUUUUGUGACGCAGUAG